AUGGAUUUCAAGCCCGACUUUGUGUUCAUGCCGCCUGGUAUGAAGCAUUUACGGCUGCAGUGCACGGCUCAGGCAACAAAGCUGCCCCAAGCAUACAGCUACCGCCUGCAAGAGAGCGUGGUGAAGGAGGAGGCCGUGGCCCGCGUUGUUCAAGGCGGCGGAGACCCCGAGUGCUGGCAACUGGUGCUCAGCGAGACGACGCUCCAGUUUGGCCAGUACCGGGGCCAAACAUUCAAAUGGCUCCUUGAGAACGAUGUGGGCUACUGUGCCAUGGUCGUGUCUUCCCACCAGAAGGAGCGCGAAAACGGCGACACGUCGCAGUCACCCCUGGCGGCCAAUAAAGAUUCCCUGGCAUCGUACACACACGUCUUCCCGGAGAUGGCCGCUGUCGUGCGGCAUCGGCUGAUGGUCAUGGGAGCACCGUUGGUCAGGGAGCUGGAUGAGCAACUGCUGACAAUGGGACAGUUCCCCAACGAAACCUACCGUUCUCUCUACGAGUCAACUGAUGAGCGUCAUCGAGCGUAUGUUUGUCGUAUGCGCGCAGGGAAAGCUGUUAUGGCGGGCUCCUUCUUCCACACCCUGAACUCCUACAUCGUUGGGAGAGACAAUGAGGCAAAUUACAAAAGGUCUCGUCCAGGUAAACGACUCAUGGGUCGCAACCGCGAGCGCCCCCGACGUUUGCCUGGAGCGCCGAGGAAGAUGCAGUUCAUCAUCUGCCGCAACCGCGAGCACCCCCAUCGUUUGCGUGGAGUGCCGAGGAAGAUGCGAUACGUGCGGUGGUCUGGUCACGAGCAGGAGGAGGGGGAGGAGGAGGUACCGUGCCAGCGGCGAGCCCGACGGCAGCGGUGAUACGCCCGCCAGGUGUACCGUUCGCAGGAGGAAAAGCAGAGCCCUGCAGGACGAGCAGCUACUCGAUGCCAACGAACGA